GCUGCCAACAUGGACCAUAGUCAACAAAUGUUCUCCACUUCGCCGAAUACAAAGAUUUAGAUCCUCCCACUUUCAAUCAAUUGCACUGAGUGCAGCAUGAAAAUUGAUGAUUCUUCCGUCCAACUUUCAUUUUUCACACAACAACAUUAAUCACAUUCUAUAAGAGUAGUGUCACAUUGAGAAAUUUGAUACUACAAUGGUUUCAUAGGAUCCAUUUCAGGUACAGUAACCACAACCUUAAUUUCAUGGAGCUAUCUAUGAAUACACAGAGCCUCUCACUACCCUUCAAAUCUCUCAUCAAUCACUCUUUCAACCAUCAACUACCCUUCACAACCAAGUUGAUCACUAAACCCAGAACCACAAGACUCACUGUAACAGCAAGGAGGAAGGAACCCAUUGAAGGGUUGAGCGAUGAUUUGAACGCUAUAGCUUCUUAUAACCUUGAUUUUGCAUACACUCGAAGAAAGGUUCGUGCAGCUUUUGCUGAGGUGCAGCAGCAGCUUGAUCAUUGCUUGUUCAAGAAUGCUCCUGCUGCGAUCAGAACUGAAGAAUGGUAUGAAAGGAAUUCAAGGGGAAUGGAAAUUUUCUGCAAAAGCUGGAUGCCAGAGCCUGGCAUUCCAAUCAAGGCCUCUGUGUGUUUCUGUCAUGGAUAUGGUGAUACUUGCACCUUCUUCUUUGAAGGUAUAGCCAGGAGAAUUGCUGCAGCUGGGUAUGCUGUUUUUGCUAUGGACUAUCCAGGUUUUGGACUUUCAGAAGGAUUGCAUGGUUAUAUACCAAACUUUGAUGAUCUGGUUGAUGAUGUUAUAGAGCAUUAUAGAAGAGUUAAAGCAAGGCCUGAUCUGAGAGGUUUACCUAGAUUUCUGUUGGGGCAGUCAAUGGGUGGAGCAGUUUCUCUUAAAGUUCAUCUUAAGGAGCCAAAUAAUUGGGAUGGAGUGGUUCUUGUUGCACCAAUGUGUAAAAUUGCAGAUGACGUGUUACCCUCAGAUGCAAUUAUGAAGGUGUUAACUCUUUUGUCAAACGUGAUGCCAAAAGCAAAACUCUUCCCAAACCAAGACCUAGCUGAGCUGGCCUUCAGAGAACCAAGUAAAAGAAAUUUGGCUGUUUACAAUGUUAUAUGUUACGAAGAUAAUCCACGACUGAAAACUGGCUUGGAACUUUUAAGGACUACAAAAGAAAUUGAGUCACAAGUACAAAAGGUUUCAGCACCAUUAUUGAUUCUUCAUGGAGCAGCAGAUAAGGUGACUGAUCCAUUAGUGAGUCAAUUUCUUUAUGAGAAAGCAUCUAGCAAGGAUAAGACUUUAAAGCUUUAUGAAGAUGGUUACCACUGUAUUUUGGAAGGGGAACCUGAUGACCGAAUAUUUGCUGUGCAUGAUGACAUUAUCUCAUGGCUUGAUUUUAGGUGUCAACUUAAGUGAGGUUUAUACCAACUAAUUCAUCAUUCAUCUUACUGUCAUGUCAUUCUUAGACUUAAAUAAUACUCAUGAUAUCUCAAUUUAUUAAAUGCAUUCCUAACCACAUUGGUUGUUGUAGUUGGACAAUGAUUGAUACAAAUAAACAAAUGAGCCGAAGGAUUCAGUUUUUAUGGUAGCAUAAUCUAUUGACUUUUA